AUGGAAGAGUUAAAUUUUGGACAAAAGGUUAUUAUUAAGCUUGAUGGGAUUCGAAAUAAUAAAAAUGGACAGUCAGCAGCACCAAAUCAUAUUCAAAAUCCUUCAAUCAGUGAGAGACCACUCACCACAAGGCUUGCUACUACUAAUAUAUCUGUUGUACACAAUUCAAUGACAUCUAUGAGUCUUAGUGAUUUACAAAAUGAACCCGUCAUCCUCAAGCGUGAAACAGUGUCGGGUAACCACACGACACAUUUCCAAAGAUCUACUCACCGAGUGGAACAUGUAGAUCGUCAAACGAAAAACUCGUCGCCUUCUUCUUUGAGACUCGCUCAGGUAUCAACCUCCAAAACACAUGCAGCUUUAGAUAAUAACCGACGACCAUUACUUCAAUCUCGAGUGGAUAAAAUCAGGACUUUAUCUUCAUCAGGAAUUGUGAAAAAGAGUGGUAGAACCAGAGCAGAACUUGAAACAAGACGGAAACUUUCAAAGUCUUCUAAAAAACAACGUACCCCGGCGUCUUCUAAAAAGCCUAUGGAUGAUUCCACGGAUGAUGAGGAGACAGAUGUUUAUUCAGACGAUGGGUUUGAUGAAGAAACGGCUGAUCAAGAGUUGCUCAAAGUCGUUAAGAGAACUUUGCUCGAUUAUAUAGAAGUGAAACCAUCGAAAAAGCUCAAAAACGGCGAGCUCACAUGGACACAAUUCAAACCGUACAUGGAAAGUCUUCACUUUCCACAGUUCAAAAUUUUUCUUAAAGAACGAGAUAUUGAUGCACCUGAAAAGAUGGUUUACCGAUGCCUCAGGGACUUGCAUAUUUCUCGAAGAGAUGUUUGGCUCAAAAAACGAAGAAGAGAACGUGAGCAAAGAUCUCAGGAGAUGAUGGAAAGUGUCGAAGCCGAUGCACCUAGAUCGGAUGGCUAUACUACCUACCACAAGAAAA